AUGAGUUUCACCUCCCAGUGUUGUUGACAGAGGAGGGAUGUUGCACAUGGUUCAGCUUUGACUGGCAGACUGAGUUCUUACUACACACACAGACUUUCUCACAUUGGACACAUUGGACUAAAAGCGCUUUCAUGCUUACUGCUGGCUAGAAUGAAGCCGUGAUGGGUUUGAUGGAGCUGACUCGUGUUGGAGCUUUAGACCGAUAUCAAACAGACCUUCAUGCUUUUUAAGAACACAGUUUCUGCUACAACAUGGCCGGGAGUCAGAACAACUACUGGGGACAGCAUGACCUGAACAGAAUGUGCUUUGGCCUGAGUGCUGACAUGGAACACAACCCGACAGAGCAUCAACAACAGCAAAUGGCCAAGGAAUUUAACUGCAACAUCUCACAACCUCCUUUCUACUCUGAUAAUUAUGGCCUAAUAUCUGACAACAUAGUGCGGCCCAACGAGGGAGACCAGGUGGUCCCUUCCUCCCAGAGGCGGACAUUGUUUGGGGGCCACCAGAGAGAAGUCAAACCCCUACCGCCUCUGCCUGACCCGGAGGAGCUCAUGUCUGAUGAGGCAGCUGAUAGCGAGGUGGAGUUUUUUACCAGUGACCGACGGCGCCUUUUGCCCAGAAGCUGCCCCAAGGCCAUGUGCAGGGGCAUGAACAGAGACUUUGGCCAAGUAAAUUACGCCUACCAGGAGAGCUCGUUGCAGGCUGGUGGUGCUGGGGUUGGCUCCAUGGCUUUCUCUUGGCCAGCCAGAGAGGACAGACCGGGUAGAGGAAGCGGGUUUGGAGUCAACAUGUGGGCGCUGUCUCUCCAGAGAGAAGACCACCAGCACGAGAUUUCUGAUACUUUGUGUACCAAACAGUCAGACCAACACCAGGCACCCAGACUCCGCUUCUCCUGUGCAGGCCCUGCUUUCCAGCCUCUCCACAGCAGCAGCACAACCUGCCCGACUGACAAGCCACUAAUCCCUCCUCGUAUCCCGAUCCCGCCGAAACCUGCUGCUCUCUCAAAGACAACGAGCGCCAGUGAGGAAGACAAGCCUCCAAAAAUUCCUCCAAGGGUCCCCUUAGUCCCGCCCUGCCCACCACGUACCCCGAGCCCCAAAAGCCUUCCAAUUUACAUCAAUGGUGUGAUGCCUGCCACACAGAGUUUUGCUGCUAACCCCAAAUAUGUGAGUAAGGCAUUACAGAGACAGCAGAGUGAAAGGGCGCCACCUGCAGCUCAGUUUUCUCCCUGCAUUGUUCCCAUUUUGAAGGAUGGCAGACAGGCUAGUGCUACACACUACAUCCUCCUGCCGCCGGGUCGACCGGCGUACUCUGACAGACGAGAAAGACUCCUGAGUGAACCGGUGAGGACGGGAACCAGCAGCGUCUGGCAGAAGAGAUAGAAACUCUGGCUUAUGUUCCUGUCUGAAACUUGAUGAGUACAAAACUGCGACUGACAUCAUUAAUAAUCACAUGAUACACUAUUGUACAGAGUGAAAACAUCUACAUGCUACAUUCACAUGUCUAAUGUCAUAUUGGUGUUAUUUUUAAAUGACUAAUGUAUUUCAAGAUCACUUGUGUAACACAACACUGUGAGGUUUUUGUCUGUUUUUAACUGAACAUUUUACCGGUCAGUAUUUAUAGCGACGUCUCCUCUAGUUCAACCUGGAACACAUCCAGUUUCACUAAUAGUGGAGAAAUAUUUACCUCCUAUAACACUUUUCAUUUUUGGUUUUUCAGUUUUCUCACUGGGAAAGUGUGUCAUCGCCCAUUAAUUUUUAUGUCUGACAGCCAUGUGCUCAUAUCACUAAAACAAACGGAGCUAAUACUAUAUGUCUUACAAGCGAGCAAAUAAUUACUGUACGUACAAGCUGGGCUUGUACCAAACUGUUCCUCCCAUGUACAUUAUUUUUUAUGACAAUGCUGCUUGAAAAAAAAGUAUAAUGUAUUGAGAGAUAUAAUAUUUUGCCGAAUAAUUCUCACAUUAAGAUUUAUGGUAAAUAUUAGAUGACACAACACAAACAAAACAUGCUUUGAACUACAGUGAUAUCAAACAUUUUGUGCCUUUUGCAGGCUCUUUGUGCAAGCAUGCUUCAUUUCUUACUAUCAGAAAGCUGAACCGAGCUGCGUCCUACCUGCAAAACACUCAACAUUCUCAUUUUAAGCGUUGACUGUUGAAUCAUAUUCUAUGCUCGUGUGGACAAAGUUUAAUUUAUUUAAAAGAAAUUUCUGCGAGCAGAAUAUAAACAAAAGAGCAUGCCCACCACCUGAAUUCAGAACACAUGACUGAAACCUGCUGUCACCCUUAAAUUGACUGACAGGUCUUUUAAUACAUAUGAAGAACACUAGCCAACAAGUCAUUAAUGUUUUCUGGUGUUAAAGGUUUUACAUCAGUAAUGUUUGUGUAAACAAGAGUAAAAGAGGCCUUUAUUUUCAAUUAUGGUCAGUUGACAAACUUUUAAAUCACUAUGAUGAAUUAUUUUAAUUAUGUAUGUGUACUGAGCUCAAAUAAUGUAUAUAUAUGGUUAAAAAAGUACAGAUUGGGCCUUUAAUGCUUCUUUUUUGUGUGUGUGGGCAUGGAAAUCUUGUUACGUUUACAUGUUGAGCUGCAGACCCACAUUUACAACCUUUGUUACAUCAACAGGUUGGAAGUUCUCAGAUUCUGUGUUGACCCGAGCAAAGACUGUUUCUAAGUUCAUAAUGUUUGUGUCAAAAGUAAAUCAUUGUAAAAUUGUGUUUUUAAUCUAUUUAUAGAAAUAAAAUAACUUAUUCAUUCUA